AUGGCCUCGAUGCACCCGUAUCCCUCCGAGCUUGAUGCUGACCCUCUAUGGACCAGAUGGGUAGAGCGGGCCAUCCGACCGAUCAGUUUGCGCCAGUUGACCUUCUUCGGUCGCACCCUAACAGAGCCCCGACUCAUCUCCUCGGCAAACUACGUGCGCACCGAGCUACCCACCCGCAUUGCCCAUCGUCUCCGAGACAUCCAACAGCUGCCCUAUGUGGUAGUCUCUAACCCGCAUCUCUCCAUGGUGUAUGAGCUCUACUACAAAGCAUUCGAGAAGUUCCGAGUCAUUCCCGAGAUCUGCAGCCUCGAUGAUAACGACCGGCUCUGCGACGUGCUGCGGGAGACGCUCAAGGAGCACCUGGUGGUGAUCCCGAACCUGGCCAUGGGGGUGCUGGAGUGCCGCGAGCUCGUUCCGCCCGAUGAGAUGGACCGGUUCAUGAACACUUUAUUGCGAGCGCGAAUAUCUCGCCGUGUGAUUGCGGAACAGCACCUGGCCUUGACCGAAACCUUUAAUUCGCCUUGGCAUUUCCCGGACUCGCACGAACGAACCGAUAUGAAUGCCGACUUUGUGGGCGAGGUGUUCUUGAAGUGCAAUGCGAAAGAGGUGGUCGAGCGGUGCGGCAAGGUUGCCCAGGAUCUGAUGUGGAAGAGCUCCGAUUCGACCAAAAUCCCCGCCAUCACCGUGCAGGGCCAUCUGGAGGCGACCUUCCCAUAUAUUUUGAGUCAUCUCGAGUACAUUGUGGGCGAACUGCUGCGCAACUCGGUGCAGGCGGUCAUCGAGAAAUACCAGCAUUCGACCGGACCGCCGCCGCCCAUUGAGGUGCUCAUCUGCGAGACCCCCCAGCAUGUGAUCAUGCGCAUUUCCGACCAGGGCGGAGGCAUCCCGCGUGAGAUUCUGCCCUACCUGUGGUCCUUCAGCAAGGGGCCUCGCACGCAGACCCGGCUGGAGAACCUGGGCCAGGUGCCGGCGAUGGCGGCCACCAUGCAGGAGCUGCAGGUCUCGCAGGGGCGCAAGCACGCGGACCGCGACACCUUCCACGAAGGGUCGCUGGACACGCUGACGUCGAGGCCACCGAAUCUGCGGCUGGGCAUGGGCCUGCCGAUGAGUCGGGUGUAUGCCGAGUACUGGGCUGGGAGUCUGGAAUUGCACAGUCUGGAGGGCUACGGGGUGGAUGCGUUCCUGCAGAUCUCCAAGCUAGGCAACAAGAAUGAGCAGGUGACGACGCGGGCGAGCAUUGAUGCGAAUCUGGCGGCGAGUGUGGCGACUCCUUUGACCUUGAUCAUGGCUGGUACUUGUUCUAUGCUCUGCCUGGUGAUCAUCACCUUGUUCAUCCCACCGCUCGGCGUCUUCCUCAUCUCCGGCUGUGGUGUUGAUUUCUGGAUCAAUGUCCUCCUCACGAUUCUCGGCUACUUCCCGGGCCACAUCCACGCGUUCUACCUGGAAUACGUCUACUAUGACCGCCGCAAUCGCGACCCUAUGACUCGUGCCUACCAACGUCCCGCACCGGGUGUGUACUCCGACCGUAUUCAGAACGGAGGCAAUAGCAACCAGCGGAAUUAUGGGACCCUGUAA